AAUUAGUCACUAUAAAUCUUUUUGCAGUAUAAAACACUAUGUCAGUUGAAGCAUUGUCUGGUAAAGUUUUCUUGCUAGUAACUGGUGCUAGUCGUGGCAUUGGUCGGCAAAUUGCAAUAACAUUUGGUUCUUUAUUGCAAGAAGGUUCUCAUAUUUUGUUAUUAGCAAGAAAUUUAGAUGCUUUGCAAGAAGUUGCCAAGAAUAUACCUUCUAAGGUUACAGUUGAUACUGUUAGCAUAAACUUGGGUAAAUCUACAAAGGUUGAAUUGGAAGAAACUAUAUCACACUCUUUGAAGGAAACUACUCCAGAUAUAUUUGACCGAGUAGUUUUAGUACAUAAUGUAGGCACAUUUGGUGCCUCUAAACUUGUAAAUGAAUUAACGGACUUAAAUAUUUGGAAGGAACACUAUGAUCUAAAUUUUUUCAUUCCCGUCGUUCUAAACGCUGUAGUCAUGAACAUGUUUAAUAGUACAAACAUUAAGAAAGUGGUAAUUAACGUGACAUCCUUAUAUGGUAUUCAAGCAGGUUAUGGUUGUGGUUAUUAUUGCUCAUCAAAAGCAGCAAGAGAAAUGUUUUUCAAAGUUUUUGCCUUGGAAAAUCCUGAUGUCAAUGUAUUGUCUUAUUCACCAGGACCUGUUGAAACAGAUAUGUUUUAUACAGUAUGUGAAAAUCUAAUCGAUACCAGUGCUAAAAAGGAAUUUAAUGAAUUACGAGUAACGAAAACUGUAUUGACUCCAGAACAGACAGUUAAUCGUCUUUUACAAAUUUUACGGGAACAUAAGUAUAAAUCGGCUGAUCACGUGGAUUAUUAUGACGAAUUGUAAACACAAUCAACAUUUAAUUUUUUAACAAGUGAAUGUGUAUAUCUUUUCUUUAAAUAAAUAUUUCCUUCAUCA